AUGUCGAGGCACAAAACUUAUUCUCGCGUCAGCGAUUUCGUCAUGAGCUUCAUAGGCGCCUUUGAAGAGCGGCUACUGGGCCAGCCAAACGCAAUCAUGAACCGCGAGGACGCAUUGAAUCAAAUGUCCAGCCUGAUGUACGCCAAAACUGUGCUCCCCCAGUUGCUCCAGAGCAGAUAUGAAGAAGGCCCCUUCGUGUUUGCGUUGACUGAUGUCCAUAGGAGUAACAUCUUUGUGGAUGAACACUGGAAUAUUUCCCGCAUCAUUGACCUCGAAUUUGCCUGUUCAUGGCCCAUCGAGUUCCUGCAACCACCAUACUGGCUGGACGGCAGAUGCAUCGAUGAGAUUGAUGCUACCACAUUCGCUCCGUAUCACGCAGAGUUCCUCGAGCAUCUCAAACGCGAGGAAAUGAUUCGUGAGGACACAGCAAACCGGGAGCCCUUGUCCUCGAUGAUGCAGCGAUCCUGGAUACAAGGGGACUUCUGGGUCACGUUGGCCGUUGCAGAACCUAUUGCCUUUACAACUAUAUUUUUCAACCGUAUAUUGAAGGGGUUUUUCGAAAUCUCCCAAGAUGAAUUGGAAAAAGCGGACAACUGGGAGAUUGCCCGCCUAUGGCGCAAAAACACAUGCGACAUCAUCCACAAGAAGCUCAAAGACCGAGACAGGUACUUGGAAGAGCUACGUUGCAUCUUCGCUGAUAAUGUCUAG